GCCAUCGGAGAAGGAGGAGACGCAGCGCGUGAUCCGCGCCCGGCUCCGAGAGAUCAUGCUCAGCGUCGACCUGGAUCAGGUCACCUCCAAGGAGCUGCGCACGCGCCUCGAGGACGAGAUGGAGUGCAGCCUCAAGGAGUUCAAGGGCUUCAUCGACGCCGAGAUGCUAGUCAUCAUGGGCCAGAUGGACCACGCGUCGCGCAUCUUCGACCACCUCUACCUGGGCUCGGAGUGGAACGCCUCGGACAUCGAGGAGCUCAAACGGAACGGGAUCGGCCACAUCGUGAACGUGACGCGCGAGAUCGACAACUUCUUCCCGGGCCGCUUCCAGUACCUGAACGUGCGUGUGUACGACGAGGAGGCCACAGAGCUGCUCAAGCACUGGGACAAGACGUUCAAGUUUAUCGCCAAGGCCAAGAGCGAGGGCUCCCGGGUGCUGGUCCACUGCCGGAUGGGCGUGAGCCGGUCGGCCGCCGUCGUCAUGGCCUACGCCAUGAAGGCGUACGGCUGGAGCUACGAGAAGGCCUUCAAAUACGUGAAGCGGAGUCGCGGCUGUGUCAAACCCAACGCAAGCUUUCUUAGACAAUUAGAAACCUAUCAGGGAAUCCUGGACGCCAGCCGGCAGCGACACAACUCGCUCUGGCGCUCCAAGUCGGAGACGAACCUGCAGAGCGGUCGGCUCUCGUCGCCGGUGUUGCCGCCUGGCGAGGAGACGGGCGACGCUACCGACAUCAGCGCCGCCUGCCGGCCUGACUCGCCGGCGGCCGAUGCCUCGUCGCGGCCAAAGUCCUGGUCGCCGGCCGACAACGUGGCUGAUGCGCUGCUCGCGCAGAUGAACGGCACCACGCCGGGCCACUACGGCCGGCCGACGCGCUCCCGCAGCCGCUCGCAGACGCUGCCGGGCGACACGCCGCGCGCGCGCGUCACCUCCGUCAACCUGCGCGUGCCCUGUAACGGCCAGGACUACAGCGUGUCGCAGAACCAGGCCAUGAACCUGUCGCUGCCGCUGGAGCCGCUCGAGGGCGCGCUGCGGCCCGACCCGCAGCCGGCGCCCGUGUUCGAGUGCGUCAACCCUCGCCUGGUGCCGACCGAGACCUGGGUCGGCCAGGUGGUGGAGCUGCGCUCGCGCGACGCCGUCAGCCUGGACAAGCUGUAUGGCCGGGAGGUGCCGCUCGACACGCCCAGCCCGACAGAUGAGUCCUAG